UAGGCUUAGGCUUAGGCUUAGGCUUCCCCCCCGCCCACCGCCGCCCACGGGCCAGGCACGGUCCAGGUACCGUCCGGGAGUCAGAAUCCUUCUUUUUAAGAUAUACACGGCUUGUCCCUUUCUUCCCUUUCUCUCCCCUUCUCUCCCCCCUUUCUCUUUCUUUCUUUCGCCUCGUCCACUCACAUAUAACGCUCUUUUUUUUUCACUCCUCGGCCUCUUUCCAAAGCCAUCCACGCUCCUUAACGCCUUCGUGCCCGUCUUAUUUGAAAAGUCCUCUACUACGCUCGCUCUUUUUCUGACUCUCCUGGUCAUCUUGCCCGCUUCCCUCCUUUCGCGCCCAGCUAGAUAGUUAUAUCACUCCAGCUGCAGACAGUUAUCUCUCGCAAAAAAACGAACCACCUUUUCUCCGAUUAAACCGCCAGUCUCCCGUGCGCUCGCAAAGCUACUUACUCUCUUAGCGACCUCCCGUCCACCAUAAGACAUCCAAGAUCGUCGCAAGGCGCAUACCGAACAUCGAUAUCUGUAGAUCGAUCUUCCCUUCCCUCUUGCAUAGAAACAACAAAACAACCAAGACCACCCCGUCGCAUAUAUCCUACCUCCAUAUAUUUCCACUAUUGCAAUCGCUGCAAGAAGCCAAAGCCCCAACCAAACCCCAAAAAUGAAUAUCCUCACCUUCUUCUCCACGCUGCUCCUCCUGCUCGCGACCCAGCUCGUAGCCGCCCAAGAUGACAUGGUCACCUCCACAAGAACCACCACGAUCACCAACACUGUGACUGUGACCAUCAUCCGCUCCGUCGGCACUUCCACCACCGCGGAUUCUACCAUCACACCUACACCCACGCCAGCGGCCACCACCUCAGAUGUCUCCGACUCCUCGACGCCAAACUUUGCCGUUGCCGCGCCCACCGCGCUGCCAAUGCUGAUGGCUGGAGGUCUCGCCGUGGUCCUGGGCGUAGCUCUUUAGAUCUCUUGAAAGAAAAGAAAAGAAAAAAAGAAAAAAAAUCCUAGCUCGGGAAAAUGAGCUGUAGAAGUGGGGAGUGCAGAAGUCAAGGGGAGAUGGGAAUGCGAUUGGCUUUUCAGGACAAGCAAAAAGAUGAGACAAACACGAUUGAUGGAUUGACUGACUGAUUUGAUUUGAUUUGAUCGAUUGAAGCUUGAGAGUUUUUGGUGGAACUGCUGAUUUCUUCUUCUCUUGUAUACGAUAUGGAUGUUAUUUUUCUUUUUCUUUUCUUCUUCUUCGAGAGAUACCCGCCCUUAUUUUAUUUAUUUUUCUCACUAUAUCGUUGUUGUCAGGUACUGUAUAUGUGAAAGGCCCCCCCCAACGAGCAAAAAUCCAUAUACAUACAUAUAUCUUCACAUUUCGUCCUGUGUGCUCUUUGCCCAAUACAUAUUUUUUAGCUUUUAAGCUUUUGAUUCCCCAAGUAUACCCCGUUUGAACUUCCACGGGCCUGCCUCCGUACUUGGAAUCGAAAAAUCCAAAGUCGCAUGCGACGGACGGACAAAUCAGUCAGCCCUUUUCAAAAUUCUAUGCGCACGAACGCGCCAGCGCAAUCAAUGCAUCUGAACUGCCACGCCACCGCUUUUAUAUAUCCUGCUUUCACUGCGAAAUAGCAGCCUCCGUCACCCAUUUCCCCCGUUUCGCUUCCCCAUCAACACUCCCUACAUCCCCCUUUUUGCUUUCUUUCUUAAAGACCUGGUCGCCUUUAUUUAAUUCUCACGUUUAUUUAUCCGCGGCAAAAUAAAAAGCCGGGGGGGCCACUUACUUCUUCUAAACCUCUUGUUACUUUCUUACGCUAUACUGUACUUCUUUGCUUCACCACUUUAUUCUCAACGAUAUUAUAACCCUUCUUCCCCCCCUAUUUGAUUCAGUUUCCCUGCGAACUGAAUUAUUUGUUAAUACCCAAAAACACUUUGUUUUAUGGAUGAUGAUUGGACACCUUGCCUUGCCUUCCCUUCCUCCCCUCCCCUCCCCUUUUUCCCCCUCACUCCGCACUUCAUAACCGGGGGAAGGGAAGAAAAAAAAAAAAAAAAAAAAAAACACCACAAACCAGGUUCCCUUUUUUUUUUUUUGAAUUUGAUUAUGUUUUUGUCUCAUUAAUUAAAGCACCCGCCUUUUGUUUUAUUUCUGAUUUGAGGGUUAGUGGCGGAGCGGGAAGAGGAGAGGUCGUUCGUUACUUGACAAAUAUAUAUAUCCAUAUCCCAAUAUCCAUGCGUCGCGAGCUUGCCUUGUCCUGUCCUGUCCUGUCCUUUCUUUUCUUUUCUUUUCUUUUGAUCUUCUCUCCCCUUGCUCCCUGCUUUUGUCCCUCCGCCCCCCCCCCCCCCCCUCUUUUCAAAUUUUCGGGUUUGAGUCUUGUGUGUGUGUGAAGCGAAAGUGGAAAACAAAAAAACGAGAAGAAAUAUAUACAUACAUAUAUAAAUUGAAAAAACAAAUUACAUUUCGGGGUUCAGCCAGUUACGACGUCGCAAAGUUUGACUCGUCUUCUUUAUUCCCGUUUUCCAUUUAUUUACUAUGGUCUUAAUUACGUUCUUAUGUAGGGAGUGGGGAGUGGGGAUGACUUUCUAUACCACGAAUCUUUCAUUCAACUGCAUUAGAAAUAAUGCAAUAGUCCCAG